UAGGCAGAUCAAUAAGGUCAUAAACCAGUUUAACUCCAAGACAAACAGUCAAAAUUGCAGCAAUGGUUAAAUUAAGAACCUUAUUCAUAACAUUUUGGAUAUUUUGUCUGAGUAAAACUAUUCAUGCUAAAUUCGUCUUCAACUUUGACCUGGAGGACAACUUUAAGCAGUGCGAGGAUGGAAUUCCCAUGCCUGCGCUCAACAUGUCCACGCUAAAGUUCUCCGAGCUGGACGAUUCCAGCAUGCAGGUUACAGGAAAAGUUAUCUUCGAAGACGACUACCCGCCUCCGAUUGCAUUGCGAUUGUACUCCUUGCGGAAGAUGAGAGGUGCCUGGGUACCGGGAGAGCUUUCCCGUUCAGAUUUUGACGUUUGCAUGAAGCUGCAGAUCCCGACGGAACCUUGGUACACCUUCACCAAACACUUCCAACAGAAGAGAUGUCCCUUUCGGAAGGGGCAUGAAGAGAUCUUGCCAGAUGUCCCUUAUCAGGACUUGGGCUUGGGACUGCCGGCCGACUUUGCUGGGGAAUGGAAAAUUUUCCUGGAAAUAAUUGUGAACCGUAAUGGUCGCAAGGUUAAGGAGUGCCUAACGAUUCCGACCACGAUUUUGGAGGUGUGAAUUGAUAAGCUCUGUAGACAAAAUGAAUAAUAAACUACUAUUUUAUCUGGUCUGAAAAUCUA